AUGGUUCGCAUUAACAACGCCUAUGAUCUUAAUCACUGGCUUUUGGUGCUAUUUUUCUUAGCACAACUAUGUAUUUUUGUGUCAUCUUCUGACGCCUCAGAAAUCCAAACCCUAUUGAAAUUCAAGUCCUUUUUGUCCAAUGACACAGCUCUAGACAACUGGAACAACUCCACCAACCCCUGCAAUGGCACCACAAACAUUUGGUCAGGCUUGUACUGUGAAAAAAAUGGCAAGGUGUACGGGUUGAAGUUGCAGAACAUGGGUCUCAUGGGCAUAAUUGAUAUCGACACCCUUUCGGGUUUGUCUGCCCUUCGAAGCAUAAGCAUCAUGAACAACAACUUUGAAGGCCCACUGCCUAGUGUGAACAAGAUUGGUGCACUCAUAGGAGUUUACUUGUCCAACAAUCAAUUCACUGGUGAAAUUCCAGAAAUUGCUUUUGAGGGCAUGAAUCAAUUGAAGAAUAUUUAUUUGGAUGGAAAUGAAUUCUCCGGGGAAAUACCAAGUUCUUUGGCUGCAUUGCCUAAACUUACAGUAUUGGAUCUCCAGGGAAACCAAUUCAGUGGGGAGAUACCAAAUUUCCCACAAGACCCAAAUGGAUGGAAGCAUUUCAAUGUAUCAAACAACCAGCUCGAGGGUCCUAUUCCGGCAAGCCUGAGCAAUUUAGAUGCAAGCGCCUUCGUGGGAAACAAAGGGUUGUGCGGAAAGCCACUUACCCCUUCACAACUAUGUAUUUUUGUGUCAUCUUCUGACGCCUCAGAAAUCCAAACCCUAUUGAAAUUCAAGUCCUUUUUGUCCAAUGACACAGCUCUAGACAACUGGAACAACUCCACCAACCCCUGCAAUGGCACCACAAACAUUUGGUCAGGCUUGUACUGUGAAAAAAAUGGCAAGGUGUACGGGUUGAAGUUGCAGAACAUGGGUCUCAUGGGCAUAAUUGAUAUCGACACCCUUUUGGGUUUGUCUGCCCUUCGAAGCAUAAGCAUCAUGAACAACAACUUUGAAGGUCCUCUGCCUAGUUUGAACAAGCUUGGUGCACUCAUAGGAGUUUACUUGUCCAACAAUCAAUUCACUGGUGAAAUGCAAGAUAAUGCCUUUGAGGGCAUGAGUUCUUUGAAGAAAAUUUAUUUGGAUGGCAAUGAAUUCUCUGGAAAAAUACCAAAGUCCCUGGCUGCAUUGAGCAAGCUUUCGGAAUUAGGUCUCCAGGGGAACCAGUUCAGUGGGAAGAUACCAAAUUUUGCGCAGAGUCCAAAUGGAUGGAAGUAUUUCAAUAUAUCAAACAACAGGUUUGAGGGUCGAAUACCUGCAAGCCUGAGCAAUUUGGAAGCAAGCGCUUUCACUGGUAACCUAGGCCUAUGUGGAAAGCCUCUGGCCCCAUGCAAAUCCUCAAAGAAAAAAAUCCUCCUCAUCAUAGCCAUCGUAGUUGUCUCAAUUGCUGCAAUACUGUGCACGAUGGUAGCAAUUCUCUUCAUACGACGUCGUAGUGCUAAAUCAAAGCAAGAAGCAAGAGCCCAGAAGAAGCUAAAAGCCCAACACCACACAGCUGCAAUGGAGGUCCAGUUAACAGCUGAUGAAGACAACUACAAGAAGGCUGAGAAAGGAGGGGAGUUGUAUUUUGUGAGGAAGGACAGAGGGUUUGAGCUGGAAGAGUUGCUGAGGGCCCCAGCUGAGGUCUUGGGCAGUGGGAGUUUUGGGUCAUCUUACAAGGCAGGGCUCUUGAGUGGGUCCAUGGUUGUGAAGAGGUUUAGGCAAAUAAACCAAGUUGGGAAAGAGGACUUCUAUGAUCACAUGAGAAGGCUAGGGAGACUUUCACACCCUAAUUUGCUCCCACUUGUUGCUUUCUAUUAUAGGAAAGAAGAGAAGCUCUUGGUUCAUGAUUUUGUUGCCAAUGGAAGCUUGGCUAGUCAUCUCCAUGUGAAGCGAGAACCUGGGCAGCCGGGAUUGGAUUGGCCAACUAGGUUGAUGAUCAUCAAAGGAGUAUCAAGGGGCUUAGGCUACCUAUACAAAGAGUUCCCGGGCCUAACAGUACCCCAUGGCCACCUCAAGUCCUCCAAUGUCCUCCUAGACCACAACUUCAACCCCCUCAUAGCAGAAUAUGCCCUAAUACCAGUGAUCAACAGAGACCAUGCCCAAAAGUUCAUGGUGGCCUACAAGUCCCCAGAGUUCUCCCACACGGAACAAACCUCGAAAAAGACCGAUGUGUGGAGCCUGGGCAUACUCAUCUUCGAAAUGCUGACAGGAAAAUUCCCAGCAAACUAUUUGCAGCAGGGCAAGAGGGCAAAUGCAGACCUAGCAGCUUGGGUGAACUCAGUGGUGAGAGAAGAGUGGACAGGAGAAGUGUUUGAUAAGAACAUGAAAGGGACCAAGAAUGGGGAGGGGGAGAUGCUGAAGCUUUUGAAGAUUGGGAUGUGUUGCUGUGAGAGCAGUGUGGAGGGAAGAUGGGAUUGGAGAGAAGUUGUAGACAAGAUUGAAGAGUUGAAGGAGAGGGACAGCGAGGAAGAAUAUUCUUCUUAUGCUAGUGAUGGGGAUAUGGGCUCUUCUAGGGCAAUGACUGAUGAUGAUUUCUCUUUCUCAGUUAAUGCUUGA